UUAUUUUGCUUUUUAUACCAUGGGGUGCCCUUCAAAUGACAUUCUCAAUUUGUGCGGGCAUAAGUGAACGUCGACUUUAGAGAAGAAAAUUUGAUAAACGAAAUCAUGUCUAAAAUUGGAAUUAACGGAUUCGGUCGUAUUGGUCGUCUGGUACUCAGGGCUGCCGUCGAUAAAGGUGCCUCUGUGGUCGCUAUCAAUGACCCCUUCAUCACCGUAGACUACAUGGUCUAUUUGUUCAAAUACGAUUCAACUCACGGACGUUUCAAGGGCACCGUAGGCGUUGAGGGCGGAAACUUGGUCGUAAAUGGAAAUGCCAUCCAAGUCUUCCAAGAAAGAGACCCCAAGGCCAUUCCAUGGGGAAAAGCUGGAGCUGAAUACAUCGUUGAAUCCACCGGCGUUUUCACCACCAUUGAAAAGGCUUCUGCUCAUUUGGAGGGUGGCGCCAAGAAAGUUAUUAUUUCAGCACCAUCUGCUGAUGCUCCCAUGUAUGUUGUCGGUGUUAACCUUGACAAAUACAACCCUGCUGAUAAGGUCAUCUCUAAUGCAUCUUGCACAACCAACUGUUUGGCUCCAUUGGCUAAAGUUAUCCACGACAACUUUGACAUCGUUGAGGGUCUCAUGACGACUGUCCACGCCACAACUGCUACCCAAAAGACUGUAGAUGGUCCUUCAGGAAAAUUGUGGAGGGAUGGUCGUGGAGCCCAACAAAACAUCAUUCCCGCAUCCACUGGAGCUGCCAAAGCCGUAGGUAAAGUCAUCCCUGCCCUCAACGGCAAAUUGACUGGCAUGGCCUUCAGAGUGCCUGUUGCCAACGUUUCGGUUGUUGAUUUGACUGUCAGAAUAGCCAAAGGCGCCUCUUACGAUGACAUCAAGGCUAAGAUCAAGGAAGCAGCAGAAGGACCUCUUAAGGGAAUCUUGGGAUACACUGAUGAACAGGUAGUAUCGUCUGACUUCGUCUCCGACACGCACAGCUCUGUUUUUGAUGCCGCCGCCGGAAUUUCUCUGAACAACAACUUCGUAAAAUUGAUCUCGUGGUACGACAACGAGUAUGGUUACUCGAAUCGCGUCGUCGACUUGAUCAAAUACAUCCAAACUAAAGAUGCUUAAAAAGUAUUAAUGCGACACUAGAUUAAGUACGUACAAAAGUUGAUAAAAACUUUAAUCUCAGAUGUUCGUAGAGUGUACAGUAUGUCGCGCUCUGUACGUUAGGAUCCCAGUGUAGUCAGAAGUCAGUCUAAAAAUACCUUUAUUAACUUUUUGACACGCUGCAAAAACUUAAUAAGUAUAUGUAAAUGUGGUGAAUUUUGUGUUACUUGCACCGUACUGUUUGUUUAAUUUCUUAUUUAUGUAUUCAAAAAUAUAAUGUGUAUGCUCUAAAAAAUGCUAGA